CCCCAGCAAAAGUAGUACUACUUUCCCCCCCACCAGCCACUGCUCACUUCGUCCUCUCCACCACAACUCUAUCCCCACCCCGUCUAGUAUACACUGUUGAAGGCAAACCAGAUCUGGAGGCGAACGGGUGAAGACGGCGACCGGUUCAUCUGCGUCAGUAGCCAAACAGCUAGAGAUUAGUGAGCAUGGAACCACCGGAUCCACCACGAAAAGGGGAUCUGCCAUGUGGACAAUGUGGUGGUGACGGACAGAACAAAAAGCCACCAUCUAGUGGCAAAAUGGAAGGAUCCAUCAAUGGCGACGCUACUGGUGCCGACGGCACUCCACUCGGCGCCGCCAAUGCAUCGGACACGGCUGCCGAAGAACCGGAGAUGGUUAGCCGUGCUGGCCGGAAAAGGAUGCGGGGCCUGGUCAAUGACAACACGACAGUAGGGGAGGACAUGCGCAGAUGUCGGCGUAGGCGUACGCUCGUACUUGUGCCCGGAGAUCCAGCCGCUGGUGGGGAAGUGAUUCCAGUUGUGCCGCCAGUCCUUUCUGCAGAAACUCACUUGCUUCGUGGUAGGGUAGUUAAAUGUACCUGGAGCUGCCAUCAGAUCCAGCGCAUAGGUAUGAGGUACUACACAGAAGUUCAUAGGACUGGCAUGGCGAGCUUGUUAACCACUGCAUUUGAUGGUGAGGCCGACAGGAGGUUCUACGCCUGGCUACUUAGUAGAUUUAGGUGGGAAGACAUGAGCUUCACUUUCCCUGACGGCCAGAUUAGAUAUUUCACCCCCGGAUCCAUCGUUAGAACUUUGGGUCUGAGAAACAGCGGCCGUAAAGUGAGUUUGGUUAAAAUAAAAGCAAAAGAGAGACAUAAUUUAGCUCUCAGAAUCAGGACAAUCCUUGGAAUAGAGACACGGAGCCAUGCCAGGGAUGGGGGGUUGACUAUUAGUGCAGUUGCUGAUGCUAUAAGUAGUAUGAUGAGGGCUGGUGUUUACCCACAUCAAAUCAGGUCUUUCGAGAUAGCGUUCUCGCUGUUAGCCGGUGGUACAUAUGUUGCCCCCAGACAGUCGUACACGUCGAUCAAUUGGGAGCUGCUAGCUUGUGUCCUAUGCAAUCAUGGGACUGGCGAGUACGACCUAGCCGACUGGGUAUUUGAGAUCAUCAGAGCAGCUGUGAAAAAAUACAUAAAGAUCUGGCAGCUGGGGUGAGAACACUGAUAGUAGGAGGCUGCCAUUUGGCUCUCAUUCCAUGGUUCUUCGACUGGAUGGACUUUGGACCAGAUAGUGUAGAGCCAUACACUCUCCCCCGGAUCAGCGUUUACACCGGGCAGGUGUUCAGGAGGCUAAUCUACCUUACAAGAGAGUACCCAACUGUAUUCCCUACAAGGCCUUCUGAUGCAUUCGACCAGGAUAACAAUGUCUGGCAUGCUGUGGUUGGGGGUCCUGGAGGAAUCCUGCGACAUCCGGUGCAAUUGGAGGCGCUGCGAGCAGCACAGCAGGUAGAUGACUGCAGCAGCAGAGCACCCCGCUACAAGCCGCGCAUCGAUAUGGGUGGAGAAAUGCAAGCACCAGAAUGGCAAACCGAAAGCUCAGUAGUAAGGGCUACAGCGAAACAAGCUGAUGCCAAAGGAAAAGGGAUAGCAGAAGAAAGUUCAGAUCCAUCAAACAGCGAUAGCGAUGAUGAAACGAUGGACCCUAGUGUUCGGCUUGGCAUUAAUUUGAUGAGGGCUGACAGGAGAGGGGGACCCAACCUAGCACAGAACGCGCCCACCGGCAUUACGAUUGGAGAUGAUCUAAGCCGAGCACGCAUUACAGGACCACGUAGCAUCAACCGACACAGGCAACGCCUACAGCCUAGGAUCAGCGAUGGUGGUGAAACUGUGUCAAACAUGGCCCGAUUCUCUACUCAGACGUCAUGCAGAGCUGCAAUGCUUCGUAGCAGGGGGGACUACCUCAGAGCCGAGCUACAAGAACUCGAGGAUAAAGCUAAAGCAGACCUUGAAUACGGGGCAAUUCAUGGAAUUCUACCAUCUCAUAGAGGAUCAUCGUCUGCCGCAUUUGACAUGAAUGCUAAGGGAGAGUCUGAACGAGAAAGGAGGGAGCGCGUGCGGAGCUUAUCUGCCGCUGCACUAGCUGUGGUAGAACAAGCAAUUGGCAAUCCAGAACUUUUUGAAGGCAUCUUUGAGCAGGCUCGGGUGAUGCUAUCAGACCUAGGAGUGGAAGGGUACAACGAAGAUCAUGGAACGGGAGUUGACGCAAAUGGGAACAACACGCCACAGAGAGAUGAUGAUGAUCGCAUAAACUGGGAAGAGCUGGAACAUAGCAGCCAGGAACACCGUCAGCAAAUCAGUAGCCAGGGUGUGGGGGCAUUGAUUGUCACUGACAGCAACCUGGGAGCACUUGUGAAAGCAAGUGAGUAGGCAGUGACGAGUCGGAGUCCGUUUUAUGAGAAAUUUAACAACAUAGAUGGAAGGAAUCUACUGCCCUUGUUUGACGAGGAUGAUGUAGACGACGAGUUGUCAUAUGUUCCACCGGGGGUGCCUACUGAAUACAUAAUCGAUGAAGAUGAAUCAACGGACUUGGAUGAAGAGUUCCUUGCCGUGGCAUCACAAGUGCCGAUCGACUACAUGGAAGAAGAUGAGCAAAUGGAGAUGGAUCAAAUUUGGUGGGGUUAUAUAAUUUAACUGAUUUACUAGCUUCAUUGAACACAUGCAUCCGGUGGAUUGCGUGGAUCGAAG